CGCCCAAACAGAUGUGCGCGUUCUCAGCACUUAGGAAUUCGACUUUACUGACGCUGUAGGAACCGAAAGCUCCUCGAGCGGUCACGAACUCCACGACCGUCCGACUCCCCGGUUUCACCCUCAUUUCAAACUAAGCCUGCACCUUGAAGAAAAUAUCAUACUGAUCACGCUUUGAACUAACGUUACGGUUUUAUCGGCCUAAAGCAACAUGCCUGCUGUUUCCAAGGGUGAUGGAAUGCGUGGCCUUGCUGUUUUCAUUUCUGAUAUAAGAAAUUGUAAAAGCAAGGAAGCUGAGAUCAAACGGAUAAACAAGGAGUUGGCCAAUAUACGCUCCAAGUUUAAAGGUGACAAGGCUCUGGAUGGCUACAGCAAGAAGAAGUAUGUGUGCAAACUCCUUUUCAUCUUCCUUCUGGGCCAUGAUAUCGAUUUUGGGCAUAUGGAGGCCGUCAACCUCCUGAGUUCCAACAAAUACACAGAAAAACAAAUCGGCUACCUUUUCAUCUCAGUGUUGGUCAACUCCAACAGCGAUCUCAUCAGGCUCAUCAACAACGCCAUUAAGAAUGACCUGGCCAGCAGAAAUCCCACCUUCAUGAACCUGGCCCUCCACUGUAUAGCCAACGUGGGAAGCCGAGAAAUGGCAGAGGCGUUUGCAGCAGAUGUGCCGCGCAUCCUGGUAGCAGGGGACACGAUGGACAGUGUGAAACAGAGUGCAGCUCUUUGCUUGCUGCGCCUCAACAGAACCUCCCCAGACCUGGUUCCCAUGGGUGAGUGGACCGCUCGCGUGGUCCACCUUCUCAAUGACCAGCACUUGGGUGUAGUGACUGCUGCCACCAGCCUCAUCACCACGCUGGCUCAGAAGAACCCAGACGACUUUAAGACCUCCGUCUCUCUGGCCGUGGCCAGGCUCAGCAGGAUUGUCACGUCAGCCUCCACAGAUCUACAGGACUACACAUACUACUUUGUCGCUGCACCCUGGCUGUCCGUGAAGCUACUGCGACUCUUGCAAUGUUACCCUCCACCAGAGGAUGCUGCUAUCCGAGGGCGUCUGACCGAGUGUUUGGAGACCAUCCUUAACAAGGCCCAGGAACCUCCCAAGUCCAAGAAGGUCCAGCACUCAAACGCUAAGAAUGCCGUGCUGUUCGAGGCAAUCAGCCUCAUCAUUCACCACGACAGUGAGCCAACCCUGCUGGUGAGGGCAUGCAACCAGCUGGGCCAGUUCCUGCAGCACAGAGAAACCAACCUGCGCUAUCUUGCCCUGGAGAGCAUGUGCACGCUGGCCAGCUCCGAGUUCUCCCACGAGGCCGUCAAAACACACAUCGAAACAGUCAUCAAUGCUCUCAAGACGGAGAGAGAUGUGAGUGUGAGGCAGCGGGCCGUGGACCUCCUCUAUGCUAUGUGUGACCGUAGCAACGCCAAACAGAUUGUAGCAGAGAUGCUCAGUUACCUGGAGACGGCGGACUACUCCAUUAGAGAGGAAAUUGUGCUGAAAGUGGCAAUUUUGGCCGAGAAAUAUGCAGUGGACUACACAUGGUACGUGGACACCAUCCUGAACCUCAUCAGAAUUGCAGGAGAUUACGUGAGCGAGGAAGUUUGGUAUCGGGUCAUCCAGAUUGUUAUUAACAGAGACGACGUGCAAGGCUAUGCUGCUAAGACAGUCUUUGAGGCUUUGCAAGCCCCAGCUUGCCAUGAGAAUCUAGUCAAGGUUGGAGGAUACAUCCUUGGAGAAUUUGGAAAUCUUAUUGCUGGGGAUCCACGGUCUAGCCCACUAGUUCAGUUCAACUUGCUGCACUCCAAGUUCCACCUGUGCUCGGUGCCCACCAGAGCUCUGCUGCUCUCGGCCUACAUCAAGUUCAUCAACCUGUUCCCCGAGGUGAAGGGCACCAUCCAGGAAGUGCUGCGCUCCGACAGUCAGCUCCGCAACGCCGACGUGGAGCUGCAGCAGCGGGCGGUGGAGUACCUUCGCCUCAGCUGCGUCGCCAGCACAGACAUACUGGCCACCGUACUGGAGGAGAUGCCUCCUUUCCCUGAGCGCGAGUCGUCCAUUUUGGCCAAGCUGAAGAGGAAGAAGGGGCCUGGAACAGUGCCGGACAUUGAGGAGAACCGCAAGGAACGCAAUGCCAACGUCAACGGAGGCCCAAAUCAUACCAACGCCACCUCAAAUGCCAAGCAGGUGGCUGCCCCUGCCGCCGCCUCCUCCACAGAUCUGCUGGGUCUGGGAAGCCCCACCUCUCUUAGCGCCACCCCUCCCGCUGCUGCUGCCCCCGCCACUGCGGCCAGCCUGCUCGUUGACGUGUUCUCAGAGAACAGCCCACCGAUGGCGAUGGCGGUGCCGGCGUCCAUCGCUGUGCCUGCCGCUGCCGCCCCCGCGGCCGACGACAACUUCUCCAGCAUAACUACAAAGUCCUUCCAUGUGGCUGAUUCAAUUCUGGCAGAUGUGCAGGAACCAACUGACAAGUUUGUCUGCAAGAACAAUGGGGUGCUGUAUGAGAACCAGCUGCUUCAGAUUGGCUUGAAGUCAGAGUAUCGACAGAACCUGGGUCGGAUGUAUGUGUUUUUUGGGAACAAAACCUCAACACAAUUCCUUGAUUUCGCCUCCAAUGUGGUCUGCCAGGACAUUCUUGCUUCUCAGCUCAAUGUGCAUCUGAAACCAGUUGAUCCCACAGUGGAUGGAGGAGCUCAGCUCCAACAGAUCAUCAACAUUGAAUGCGUGUCUGACUUUGUAGAAGCACCUGUUCUCAACAUCCAGUUCAGGUAUGGAGGCACUCUCCAGAACAUCGCUGUUAAGCUGCCCAUCACUUUGAACAAGUUUUUCCAGCCCACAGAGAUGCUCUCGCAAGACUUCUUCCAGCGAUGGAAACAACUAAGCGCUCCACAGCAGGAGGUUCAGAAAAUCUUCAAAGCCAAGCAUUCCAUGGACACUGAGGUCACCAAAGCAAAGAUCAUUGGUUUUGGAGUCGCUCUUUUAGAUGGGGUCGAUCCUAACCCCUCCAACUUUGUAGGCGCAGGAGUCAUCCAUACGAAAACCACUCAGGUGGGCUGCCUGCUUCGACUGGAGCCCAACAUGCAAGCACAGAUGUAUCGUCUAACUCUGAGAACGAGCCGGGAUACCGUGUCUCAGAGGCUCUGUGAUCUUCUGUCUGAUCAGUUCUGAAGUGAACUCUCUGUUCGCUCAAGCCUGACAGAUGGCCCAUGCCGUCUGAUCCUAGAGCAGUCUUGAACAUCAUCCACCCCAACACACUUUAUGUUUUGAGAGCCGCACAAGCUUGCCUCUCUGUAUGGCACCCCCUCGAACCAACCAGUCGAGAUUCCCUAAAUCAAAAUGUGUUCGAUGUACAGUGUAAAUUCUCCUUUUUUAUUUUUUACUUUACUAAAAAAAAAAAAAAGUGUAUAUCUCUCUCACCACUUGGCUUUACUAACUACUCGCGGCUUACAGUCGUAUUGUCGUAUCUGAUAUGUCCAUGUGCACACAUAUUAAAAUCUUGCGCUUUUACAGUUGGGAGGUUAGUGUCUCGACCCUAAUGCAGGGAUUUGGGGUGUGUGUUUUUUUAAACUGGAAGAAUAGAGAGUUUUUACAAGGUGAUGACUCCCCUCUUCAUGUGCAAUGACUGCAUCCAACUGUGCCUUCAUUUUCGAUUCUCCAUAAUCAAGAAGCAUUGUAAAAUGGAAAGACUGUUUUUGCUGAUGUUUAUGUUUACCUUUAUAGAAACGUACUUUAUCACCUGUAGAUGCACUUAUCAUUGUAAGAUUCACUCCACAAACUGUUUUAUUCCCUCCAGUUACUGUGUUGCAAAGUGUUGUGUCCUUUGGUGGCUUAACUCCAGUCCUCAUAUUGUAUAACGAUUAUCAGUAUUGUGUACUGUCGCUGUUGCUGCUUGACCUGUAGCAGUGGCUAGGCUGACUGUAUUCUUGAGUAGCAUAGAUUCUUCCAAAUACACAAGAAACAGUGACAAAUUCUUGGCUGUUGAGAAGGCACUGCUGGUGAAUCCUGUAUUUAAAUGCACCAAGGAUUAAGUGCCUCGUAUUUGUAUCUACUCCAAAGCACACAAAUGCAUCCCUUUAAUAUAAUUAUUGUGACGUUUCCUUGUUCACCACAUGUACCAAUUAAGGACAUUUAUUUGAGUAAACCACUCAGGCGGUCUCAAAAUAUAAAGGGAUUUUUAUUCCCAGUCCCCCCCCCCCCUUCUCUGCAUCACUGUUAUCACUCUACACAUUGCUCCUAUAACUCCAUAUUGGAAACUGGGAAACAUGGCUCAACCAGAGACCGGAAACACUUCAAAGAGCUUGUGCACAAAAAGCUACAGUAUCCUCACCAUCAUGAAGGGUACGAAACCCUCUCACCUGAGUUGUCACUGGCUAACUUUACCGUCUGGUCAGGUACCGGCUAUGCCACUGCCUGUUCUCCCUGUGCCUUUAAGUUGUAUGUUUUGGUUACUGAUUUAUUUUAUCUUUGUGUUUUGUAUGUGUGUGUAUAAAUGUGUAUAUACACCCAAACAUCUGUUGUACUUCAAAUCAUAUCACAGGUUUUCUCAAUUAAACCAGUGUCUCACUUUG